AUGGCUGCCAUCUCUCGCAAAGCCUCUUUCUCCAAUGAUAUGGACAACCUUUCCGACUGCUGGUACAUGGCUCCAGAAGACGCGGCAAGCACCAGACUAGUGUCGUACAACUACGACUAUGGUGCCCCUGAGGCUUAUUUCUCAGACGCAGAGUCAGACGGCCAGUCUUCGUCUCAGUCAGAGGUUGACCCAUAUGAAAGGUCGAUAUACGCCCACGCUCUUACCUCCGUCGACACCCCAUAUCAGCCCCCAGCCGUGAACACCACAUCUCUUGCCUACGUCGAAACCCAGUCCAGCUGCGUUGCGGAUACCUCGACCUCCUCGCUGGUCAAUACGGGUUUUCUGGCACCAGAACUCGCCCCUGCCAGCGCCCAUGAAGGUCGUCGCAGUACUCGCGCUCUUGUAAGCUACCGGGAGGACGAGUCCGACGCAGAAAGCGACGGGAAUGGCACCGAGGACGAAUAUCGCCCCUCGCCUCCGCCCAAGCCCGCCAAACGCCGAGGAGGGUUCAGCGCGAAGCAGACUAGGGCUGGGGUACGAAGAGCGCCAUAUCCUCCCUCAUCAAAUACAUCCGCUGCUUCAUCGCCUUCACCCUCGUCGCCAUCUGGAUCGUUCAACCCCAGAGGAUUUACUCACAGGAAUCACGAGGACACCUCUCCUCGGUCUGAUAUUCCUGACAUCCUAACUGAUGAAUCUGGUGCUCUAAUAUGCCCAGUAGAGGGUUGUGACCACGUCCUACGCCCCAACCCGACCGAUCCGAAGCGCAAGCCGCGACUCCCGGACAUGAGAAGACACGUUGCUACUCAUUAUCCCCGUCUUAGCGAAGGGAAGUGGGUGUGCCGUGGCUAUCCACUAGAAAUAGCAGACCGCCUCCGUGUGCCAAAGCGUCUCAUAAUCAAUGUUGACGGGGUACCUUAUCGGGGAGGCUGCGGCCGCGGCUUCAGCAGGAAGGAUGCCUUGAAAAGGCAUCUUGAUAAAGUAGGGGCCCAGUGCCGCGGGGACCACACCAUGCGAUGCUAG